GCUGACAAGUUGACGAGCUACAAGUUUGAGGUCUCCAUGUUCACCAAGAGCAUCAAGACUGCGGAGCGCUACGUGUGCGGCCCGCAGCUGGUGCGCGCCCUCGGGGCGCGAGUCCGGACGACGGUGGAGAGCUGCCCGGACAUCGACACGGUCGACGAGAUCGACAAGGAUGGAGUGUUGAUUGGUUGGAACAAAGUGUUUCAGUACGUAUUGGAGAAGCUGGACUUCACCAGCCUGAAUGACACGGGCCUCCUCGCGGAGGAGUUCUUCCUGAAGGUCAGCCGGAACUCAGGCGAGACCUUCCAGGACUGGGCCGCCAGAUUUGAGAAGAAGGAGCGUGAGCUGUUGGCGCAGCUCCAAGUCAUUGAUUCCAGCGUGACGGAAGUGAUUGCGAAGCCUCUUCGGACAUGGUGGUUCCUUCGGAAGUCCAAGCUAUCCCCUGUUCAACGUGGAGAGAUCACCGCCACGGCAGGGGGCGACCUCAACUUCGGCAAGACAUACAAGGCCUUGCUCACGCGCUUCCCAGCGGAGGCGCUGGCGGAGCUCGACGGCAAGCAGCACCGUAAGGCCUUCUAUGAGGACACGCACGUCGACGACGGUGAGGACGAGACUGGUGGGGAAGAUAUUGAUUUCACAGAGGUUGUCGAGCAGCUGAUCACCCUCGCUGAAGAAGAUGAAGAUGAGGAGCCAGCUGAGGACAACCCAGCGGACAACGAGGUGUUCGCAGAGUUCAAGCAGGUGGGCCGGAGCUUCAAGGACGCUCGCGACCUGAUCCGACGCCUUCGAGUGUCCCGCGACUACUACCCGGUCGUGUCGCUCAAGGACCCCGAUCGCGUGGCACCGCCUCCGAACCCGGGACGAGGCUUCCAGCGUGGCCGGGGCAAGAACGGUCGAGGCCGCGCUCGCUUCGACACGGGCAAGGGACGUGACAUGUCCAAGAUGAAGUGCAUCGCGUGCGGCGAAUAUGGUCAUCGAGCGGCAGACUGCAACGAGAGGUUCAAGAAAGAUAAUACGAGAGAUGGAGCUCGUGGGACUACUCACAACGGCUUCGUCCUGUCCGCCCUCGACGAGUACCUCUACCUCCUGGAGCGCGACGGCAUCUGGGCGAUCCUCGACAUCGGGGCCACGAAGAGCCUCGGCGGCCUCGAGAGCGUCGAGAACCUCAUGUACGAGAUGCUGGACCAGCACGGCCAGGAGUUCGAGACGACACAUGACGAGUGCUCAUUCACCUUCGGCGACGGCCUCCAGAAGAGCUCGAUGGGCACGGUGAAGGGGAACGUGUUCCUCGGCGGCGACCUGACCGAGGUCAAGCUGUCGGUGAUGCCGAACCGCGUGCCGAUCCUCCUGGGCAUGGACAUUCUGACUGACUCGCUGAAGGUUGUGGUCGACUGCGGCCGGAACUGGAUCGGCCUUCCGACCAUGGGCAACAAGGUGUUCUUCUGCGAGCGCCUCUCGAGCAACCAUCUGGCCGUCAACCUGACGACGCCGCAGUGGUGGAAGGAGGUGCCACUUUCCUUGCCGAGUGCCGAGUGCCUGACGUCCGAAGCGACGGCGCCCGAUGUUCUGGUCGAGGAGCUGCCCGAGGAGGCCGCUCCCGACGGAAACUUCGGCGGCGCGGACACCUACCAGAGCGACGGAAACUGCGACACGGAGCGGAUCGGCUCGAGCGACGGAAACCUCGAUUUCGUUCGGACGGACGGUCAGGGGAUCGACAACUUCGGCUCCAGCGACCCCGACGCCAACAUCAGCAGCAACACCAGCUAUUCCAGCGCCACCAGCAAGAGCCACACGUGUACGAAGGCGACGGAGGUGACCAUCCGGGAGCAGGCAGUGGCUCUACGCUGGCGGCGCCUGUCCUACAAGCUGAACUCCCCGGAGAUGCAGGGGGGCUGGAAGUUCACUCCGGAGAUGCUCGACGACUCGGAACUGCCGGAGAUGGACUCGAAGAGCCACGACAAGGUCCUGGACGAGAUCUACCAGACCAUCGCCGAGGACCUGACGGAGCUCGGCAGGCCCUACCGCAUCGACCUGAUGGAGGUGUGCUGUCCGGAGGACUCGAGCCUCAGCAAGGCCGUGCAGGACCAGGGAGGCAAAGUGUUCAGGUGCGGCCUCUUCAAUGGGAUCGACAUGGGAACGGCAACCGGGCUUCGACGCGCGCUUCACCUUCUCCGACGACUCCGACCGCGCCGCUUGGUUCUCAGCCCGCCAUGUACAGCAGACUGCCCGAUCCAGAAUCUCAACCAGAAGACAGCUCAGCAGAAGGCCACGUAUCUGGCGAAGGUGCGCAAGGCCCGACGGAUCCAGCGGAACUGCAAGAGCCUCUGGGAAGACUCGAAGAAGAUUCACGACUGCCACACCGAGCUCGAACAGCCAGCUUCCAGCCGAAGCUGGACCAGGUCGCCCUCGAUCAAGGCGAUGCGCGACCAGAUGCACGAGACGAUCAUCCAUGGCUGUGCGCAUGGACUUCGCGAAGCUCGUUCCGGCCUGCUGAUGAGGAAGGCAUGGCGCAUAUGCUCGACAGACCCGGAGUUCGGCGCUAAGCUCGGCAGGACGUGCUCCAACCGCCCUGGCAGGGGCGACAACCACACACACCGCCCCAUCGAGGACGGACAGGUGGUGGCCCAGACGGCCUUUUACCCACCAGCACUGUGUAAGGCCUGGGCAAAGCAUAUCCUGAAGACGAACACCAGCGCGAGGUACGGCAAGGAGAUCUUCACCAGCUUGGAACAGAUCCCAGAGGACGCUGAAGAGGAGAUGGAGGAGGCCCUCGACGAGGACCUCUUGCAGGAUAACCCCGAGGCCAUGGACGACGAGUCGGUCAUGAAGGGCCUGGGCAUCUCCGAGACGCCGACCAAGAAGGAGGAGCUGGAGAUAGAGCAACGGCUGACGCGGCUCCACCGCAACCUCGGCCACCCGAGCAACAAGACGCUGUACAAGAUCCUCAAGGCAUCGGGAGCACCUCUCCAGGCAUUGGCCUCCGAGGGGCUCGAGUGGCUCUCGCCGAAGCAGGCCCACUGGCUGAUGGGCAAGGUCGAGAGGCGCAUCCAGCUUUUCAAGCGAUUGAUGACGAAGCUGGCAACGCUGGACCCCGACUGCCCGGUCGAGGAGUUGGUGUCCUGGGCCGUGAGCGCGAUCAACAGCAUGGACAAGGUCGGCAACCACUCCCCGUUCGAGCACGUGAUGGGUGUCUCUGGGAUGCCGGCCUCGAGCAACCCGUUCGCCAUCAUUGACGGGGACACCGGGGAGACUCAGGAGCAGAGGCGCCUCCUCGCGCGCAAAAGCUUCCUGGAAGUAGAGUAUGCUGAGCGUCGUCGACACGCCGAACAGGCCCGCAACCGGGUCUAUCAGACCUGGAAUCCGGGGGACCUCGUCUACUUCUGGCGCAAAGGGAAAGGCCUUGAUCCUCGCCCUGGGAAGAAGGGCGGAUGGCACGGCCCUGCUCGUGUCCUUGCUCAGGAAAAACGACACGUGGACGGGCGCACCCGUCCUACCUCGGUCAUCUGGAUCUCCCACGGGAGCGUGCUCAUCAGGUGCGCCCCGGAGCAGCUGCGCGUCGCCUCGGAGGCAGAGAAGAUGAUCGUCGAACUGCAGCGGCAGAGCAACCUUGGCAAGACCAUGACGGAGAUCUUGGAGACAGCCAAGGGCGGUACCUAUGAAGACCUUCUCGGCGAGUCGAGACCUCGAUGGCGCAUGUCACACCGCGGACCAGAGCUCGAUCUGUACGCACCGCCGGAGAAGCGACAGAAAGGCGCAGACGAGGAUAUGGCCGACGCGCUGUUCGACAGCAACCACCUGGUCGACCUCUUCAAGGACAAGCUGGACAUCACCCUCGGCAUCGACGAACAGCAGACCGUCUACUUUGAGUACUUGCAGGACGAGAUCACCACUCCAGACGGACGCCGAGGUUUGAUGAGCCACAUCCUGGACAGCUUCGUCGUCAACCAGCGCCGGAAGGACAAGGUGGAGCUGACCUGGUCCAAGAUGAACGCCACCGAUCGUGAGGAGUUCGAGGCAGCCAUCGCCAAGGAGACGAACAACUGGGUCCAGCAUCAGGGACUCCGCGCUGUCCCGACAUCUCGGGUCAAGGACGCGGCGGACGUCAUCCGGGCAAGGUGGCUCUUCACCCGCAAGUCCGAUGGGAAGGCGAAGGCCCGGCUCGUCCUCCUCGGCUACCAGACGAAGGACCUAGGACAGGAGCCGACAGCCAGCCCCACCGCGUCUCGGCGCGCCGGUCACGUGAUGCUAACAGUGGCCGCCGCGAACCGCUGGAAGCUCAUCAAGGGCGACGUCACCUCCGCCUUUCUGCAGGCCCACGACCUCGACAAGGACCUCUUCAUCGAGCCAGAUGCCGUCCUCAGAAAGGCCUUCCACGUGCAGGAAGGGGAAAUCCUCCAGGUCGUGAAGCCUGGAUAUGGGAUCGGCGAGGCGCCCCGGCACUGGUGGGAGACGGUCAAGCACGACUUUGCGAAACUUCGACUCCAAGCCUGCGAGUUGGAGCCCUGUCUCUGGAAAGCACGAUGUUCCAGGACGGGUAUGCUCAUCGGUAUGAUCAUGGCCCACGUCGACGACUUCAUCAUGGCAGGAGAUACCUCCCACCCUGAGUGGCAGGGCAUGGUCAAGCAGAUCCGAGGGCUCUACAAGUGGGGCACCUGGGAGGACAUGAAUGACGGGCUCACCUCUCUCGAACAGUGCGGCGCCACCAUCGAGGAGAGCGAGCAGGGCUUCUUCCUACACCAGAAGUCGUACAUCGACAAGAUCAAAGAGGUCAAGGCGGCCAGCGGCAGUAAGCAUCGGACCACCGACAGCCUCAAGGACUCUGACAAGACGAUGCUCAGGGCGUUCUGCGGCGAGAUCUACUGGCUUGGCGUGAAUACCAUGCCAUUUCUCUUAUCGUGGGUAGCCGACCUCCAGAUGAAGAUACCAGCAGGUACUCACAACCUCUUCACGGCUGCUAACAACAUCGUCAAGCUCGUCAAGCAGAGCCGCCACAUGGGGAUCAGGAUCUACCGGCACGCCCUGGACGACCUCGCCAUCUUCACCUGGUGCGACGCAGCCUGGGCCAGCCGCCCGGAUGGACACUCUCAGGGUGGUCAUAUCACCGCUAUCUCCUCCAAGGCGGCCAUGGACGGGAAGCUCUCCGAGUUCACGGUCCUCGACUGGGGCUCCAAGAAGCUGCGCCGCGUGGCUCGGUCAAGCCUGGCGGCGGAGGUGCAGGAAGCCGGCGACGCCGAAGGCGAACAGAGCAUG